AGGUGCAGACCAGCAAGUGCAAGCGAACGCUCCUCGGCCAUGCCCUCCUACACGGUCACCGUGGCCACCGGCAGCCAGUGGUUUGCUGGCACCGAUGACUAUAUCUACCUCAGCCUGGUGGGCUCGGCGGGCUGCAGCGAGAAGCACCUGCUAGACAAAGCAUUCUACAACGACUUCGAGCGCGGCGCGGUAGACUCCUACGACCUGACGGUGGACGAAGAACUCGGCGAGAUCCAGCUGAUCAAGGUUGAGAAGCGCAAGUACUGGCUCCACGACGACUGGUACCUGAAGUACAUCACGCUGAAGACGCCCUAUGGGGACUACAUCGAGUUCCCGUGCUACCGCUGGAUCACAGGCGAGGGCGAGAUCGUCCUCAGAGAUGGGCGCGCCAAGCUGGCCCGGGAUGACCAGAUCCAUGUCCUCAAGCAGCACAGGCGACAGGAACUGGAAUUGCGGCAGAAGCAGUACCGGUGGAUGGAGUGGAACCCUGGAUUCCCUCUGAGCAUUGAUGCCAAAUGCCAUAGGGAUCUACCCCGGGACAUCCAGUUUGACAGCGAGAAAGGGGUAGAUUUUGUUCUCAACUACUCCAAAGCGAUGGAGAACCUGUUCAUCAACCGCUUCAUGCACAUGUUCCAGUCCUCCUGGAGUGACUUUGCUGACUUUGAGAAGAUCUUUGUCAAGAUCAGCAACACUAUUUCUGAGCGGGUCAUGAACCACUGGCAGGAGGAUGUCAUGUUUGGUUACCAGUUCCUCAAUGGCUGCAAUCCCGUGCUGAUCCGGCGCUGCACGGAGCUACCCCCGAAGCUGCCGGUGACCACGGAGAUGGUGGAGUGCAGCCUGGAGCGGCAGCUCAGCCUGGAGCAGGAGGUCCAGCAAGGGAACAUCUUCAUCGUGGACUUUGAGCUGCUGGAUGGCAUUGACGCCAACAAGACAGACCCAUGCACGCACCAGUUCCUGGCUGCACCCAUCUGCCUGCUGUACAAGAACUGUGCCAACAAGAUCGUCCCCAUCGCCAUCCAGCUCAACCAAACCCCGGGAGAAGAGAACCCCAUCUUCCUCCCUUCCGAUGCAAAAUACGACUGGCUUCUGGCCAAGAUCUGGGUGCGCUCCAGCGACUUCCACGUGCACCAGACCAUCACCCACCUCCUGCGCACACACCUGGUGUCAGAGGUCUUUGGCAUUGCCAUGUACCGCCAGCUGCCCGCCGUGCACCCCAUUUUCAAGCUGCUGGUGGCACAUGUGCGGUUCACCAUUGCCAUCAACACCAAGGCCCGUGAACAGCUCAUCUGCGAGUACGGCCUCUUUGACAAGGCCAACGCCACGGGCGGUGGCGGGCACGUGCAGAUGGUGCAGAAGGCCAUGAGGGACCUGACCUACAGCUCGCUCUGCUUCCCCGAGGCCAUCAAGGCCCGGGGCAUGGACAGUGCCGAGGACAUCCCCCACUAUUUCUACCGCGACGACGGGCUGCUGGUGUGGGAGGCCAUUCGCACGUUCACGGCCGAUGUGGUGGACAUCUACUACGAGAGCGACCAGGUGGUGGAGGAGGACCAGGAGCUGCAGGACUUCGUGAGCGAUGUCUUCAUGUAUGGCAUGCGGGGCAGGAAGGCCUCAGGCUUUCCUGAAUCGGUCAAGAGCCGGGAGCAGCUGUCUGAGUACCUGACCGUGGUGAUCUUCACGGCCUCUGCCCAGCACGCAGCCGUGAACUUCGGCCAGUACGACUGGUGCUCCUGGAUCCCCAACGCGCCCCCGACCAUGCGGGCCCCGCCGCCCAAGGCCAAGGGCGUGGUGACCAUCGAGCAGAUCGUCGAGACGCUGCCUGACCGUGGCCGUUCCUGCUGGCACCUGGGCGCGGUGUGGGCACUGAGCCAGUUCCAGGAGAACGAGCUGUUCCUGGGCAUGUACCCCGAGGAGCACUUCAUCGAGAAGCCCGUGAAGGAGGCCAUGGCCCGAUUCCGCAAGAACCUGGAGGCCAUUGUUAGCAUCAUCGCCGAGCGCAACAAGCACAAGAAGCUGCCCUACUAUUACCUGUCCCCAGACCGCAUUCCCAACAGCGUGGCCAUCUGAGGUCGCCGGGCGGGCCCGAGGGUGGCUUGCGUCCCUCGCGCUGUCACGUGUCCCCGGUUUGUUCCCAGAUCUGUGGUACCUCCUGCAUCCCUCUCCGGCUGAGAUCUGCCUUCCCAUUCACGCUCACCCCAGCUUGGUGGUAUGCAGUAGGUGAC